GCGCCCGAAUUGGAUAUGGGAGAUGUGCCACAAAAGUGUCACAAGUACGUUAGCCAAUUGAAGUCUGCCAACUCCAAGUAUCCCAGCUACACGCAUUUGUGCUAUCCCGAUUGCAUUUACCGCGAGACGGGCGCCCUGCUUAAUGGCAAAGUUCGCAUGGAGCGCGUGAAGCAGUACCUGGAGCAGCAUAUCCAUCAGCGGGAUCAGGAUAUGGUGGCGCACAUUGUGCGCUCCUUUGACACCUGCCUGGGCAACAUCAAGGGCCACAUGAAAUCAUCCAAUAUUGAGGCAUACAAGGUGCUGCCCCACGGCUGUUCGCCCUUUGCCGGCAUGCUCUACAGCUGCGUGAAUGCCGAGACCUUCCUCAACUGCCCCGCGAGCAUGUGGAAGAACGAGCGACCGUGCAACCAGGCCAAAGAGUUUGCCGCACAAUGCAAUCCCCUGCCGCAUGUGCCGCUGCCCAGCAGCUAGAA